AUGCCUACACAAUUGCCUCCAAACCUGACUCCAGCUCAAGAGAAAAUGUAUAUCUUGCAACUUCAAAUAGAAGAUAUUACAAGACGCCUAAAGACUGGUGAUUUGGGCAUUCCGGCAAAUCCUGAGGAUAGGUACGUUACUGGAGCGAAGAUUAUUAUUCGUGGUAAAGGUUCCGUCAAAGACGGGAAAUUGAUUCGCCGAGAUGGAAUGCCUAUUCCCGGUGAAGAUGAACCUCUUCAUGCUUUCGUUUCUGCUGCUACUCCAGAGUCGUGCCAAAAGGCUGUGGAGAAGAUUCAAAGCAUCAUCCGCCAGGGUAUUGAGGUUCCUGAGGGUUUCGGUCAUCUUGCGUCAGACUGUAAACUACGCGAUCCUUCGGUCACCAUGGAACAUAUGGGCAUCAAUCCGAUGGAAAGGGCUAAAAUGGACAGUGAAUAUACUGCGCUUAUGGCGGAGUACUAUCAGAAGAAGGAGCAUGUUGAGGAUGAGAUGAAAAAGGUGAACGAGAUUUUUAUGCAGGAGAUGGACGAAGAGUAUUUUGGAAAUGAUAAAUGCGCUGUUUAUCGUAAGAAGUUAUGGGACAUUCUUGAAAAGCCUCAAACUUCUUCAGCCGCUAGAAAAGUGUGUAAAAGAUGGCAUUUAUAUUUGAUAAGUGAUAUGGAGUUCUGCAUGUUAUCAAAGUUAUCGAGGCUCGUUUAUUUUGGGCCUAUGCGUCAAUUUCUUGCUGUGGUAAGCUUAGGACUUUCCGAAAGACGGCUUUUUAUACAUGAUUAUGCAGUGCCUAUUAGUGUUUUAUCGAUGAUAAGAUUAAUUGAAAUAUUUAACAAACUGGAAUUGUUUAAGAUGCACUUUAUCCAUAAUAUAUCAAGAAAUUACCUGCAAACAGUAGUGAAUGCUGAAUUAAUCCAUGAUAUUCCAGCUCUUAUUUGCCGUAUUUUUACACAGUUAAGUGCUUUAGUGCAAUAUAAUGUGACUUUUUAA